AGCUUCCAAACAAAGGUGGAUGCUAUAGCCACCUUGCACAAUCUCUCAACUUGUGAUCAGAUCAUUCCAUUGAUUGCCUCUUCCAACGUGUCGUUUACGUUGCUCCGUCUGGCGAAUUGCUCGGAAAAGUGGUCGGAGUUGGUGGAGAAGGCAAUAGCCUUGGUCGAAAAUGUGGUGUCUUCGUCGGAAACAGCGGUUGAAGAAAUCACGAGCACUGGUGGGGCAAUUAGAGUUUUGGUUGAAGCAAUUGAGGAGGGUUCUGCUCAGUGCAAAGAACAUGCUGUAGCAAUUCUCCUUCAUAUAUGCCAAAGCUGCAGGAAGACAUACAGAGGACCGAUACUGCAGGAAGGAGUAAUGCCCGGUCUGCUACAGUUGAGCGUGGAUGGGACAUGGAGAGCGAAGAACAUGGCAGGAGAUCUGCUAUUACUUCUGAGAGAUUGCUUGAAUUAGGAACCUAUGUGUUGAGGAGAAUCGAAGCAUGAGCUUGUAGGGCAAGCGAUGAGGGAGAUUGAUUUUGCAGAAAGGGAGAAAAUUCCAGGGACAACGUUGAGACUAGUGGAACAUAUGAUUGCUGAGCUCAGUACAUGACAAGCUAAGAUUAAACAAGCUUCUUUUCUUUCUUC